GUGUGUGCAGGUGCCCACACAGCGCUGGCUUUCCUGUCUCUUUCCAGACAACCCCACAGCCGCAAGCAGGAACUGCAGUUUUCCCCACUCCACUCCAACUGCACGCACACAUGUAGGACAUUUAUAGGCAAAUCAACUCAUUACUGCAAGUAUCAGUUUUGCCACCGCUGCCGCCGCCACCAAAAUCACACUGAGCUGGGCUUGGAGCACAGCAAGCAAGGAUGCUGCAGUCCAAUCUUACCAGUGGCCGCUUGUUGCUUCCUAGGCUGCGGGUCCCAUCAAUUAAGCCAAAUGUAAGGGACGCAGAGAGAAUUGUCAACGGAGAGAAUGCAACACCAGGCUUGUGGCCUUGGCAAGUAUCACUGCAGACUAGCUCCAAUCACCAUUUCUGUGGCGGUUCCCUGAUAAAUGCAAACUGGGUUAUUACUGCUGCCCACUGUAAUGUAAGCCCUGAGUACCAUUUUGCUAUUCUGGGAGAGUUUGACAGAAGCUCUGGAGCAGAACCAGUCCAGAGGAGAUCCAUUGCCAAGGCCAUCACUCAUCCCUACUGGGACUCUAGAACCAUGAAUAAUGACAUCACCCUGUUGAAACUGUCCUCUCCUGUCCAAUUAAAUUCCCAUGUUCCCAUCUGCUUAGCUUCUCCCACGGAGACUUUGCCCUCGGGGCUGAAGUGCAUUACCACUGGUUGGGGACAGACCAGUAGCACAGGUACAUGGACUGCUGAGGUAAGGCAGCAAGUGGCCGUACCCUUGGUGACCGUGAACCAAUGCCAGCAGUACUGGGGCAUCCAAAUCACCAGUUCCAUAACCUGUGCUGGGGCUGUGGGCGCCUGCUCCUGCCAGGGAGAUUCUGGUGGCCCUCUUGUGUGCCAGAAAGGCUCAGUAUGGAACUUGAUUGGGAUUGUCUCCUGGGGCACCAGCAACUGCAGCGUCUGGGCUCCAGCUGUCUACACCCGUGUCUCUCAGUUCCGCAACUGGAUAGAGCAAGUGGUAGCUUGUAACUGAUACUGCCCCAAAGCAGAAGUUCUGCUGCCAGGCCUCUUUCCAUGUAGGAAAAGCAUCAAAGGACAUUUGCACAACAGAGGUAAC